GCUAGAGCCCCGCACCUGCCCCGACCUCCCCCCCGAGCCCAGCUCGCCUGCCCCCAGCGGCCCGGGAGGAACUGAACCAUCGUUGCACAGGAAGUAGCGGCAGCCGGGAGAGGAGCAGCGGAGACGGCAGCAUCUGCCGCACUCAAUGAAAGAGACUCGCAGGGACCCAGCCGGCCGCCCCGAUCCUACCUCGGCCCCGCCUCCCGGGGAGCAGCAGCGGUGCCAGCACCCAGGGCAGGCGCUGAGCAGGGCAGUCGCUGCUGGAGGAGGAGGUCGCGGCGGCCAAGGGGCCGGAGCUGAGCCGGGCAGCAGCAGCUCCAGCUAAUCCGGAGGCGGCAGCAGAGCUAACACUUCAGGGUCCAGAAUCACAAAUAUUUGACAACAGGUGAAUUGCUGUUCUGAAUCUGAGUUCUUAAUAGUAAAGUGUUGUGUCGCAAGUCUCUGUUUACUCUUUACCACUUGGAAGAAAGAUGGAUGAUGAAAGGAUACAGUGAUUGGUAUUGGAAAUCAUGGGGACAGUUAUUCUGAGCGAAGGACCCUGCAAGGCCUACUAAGUGGUUAUCAUGGGCUUAAUUGCAUUUUUGAAGACCCAGUUUAUAGUUCAUCUCCUCAUUGGGUUUGUCUUCGUUGUGAGUGGGUUGAUCAUUAACUUCGUUCAACUAUGCACACUAAUCCUCUGGCCUAUAAACAAGCAGUUUUAUCGCCGAAUAAACUGUCGCCUUGCCUAUUCGCUCUGGAGCCAGUUAGUAAUGUUGCUGGAAUGGUGGUCAGGCACAGAAUGCACUUUAUUCUCAGACCAGGCCACAGUGGAUAAAUUUGGAAAAGAACAUGUGAUCAUCAUCUUGAAUCACAACUUUGAAAUUGACUUCUUGUGUGGUUGGACUAUGACUGAACGCUUUGGAGUGUUGGGGAGUUCCAAAGUUCUUGCUAAGAAAGAACUGUUGUAUGUGCCCUUGAUUGGUUGGACGUGGUACUUCCUUGAGAUCGUUUUCUGCAAAAGGAAAUGGGAAGAAGACAGAGAUACAGUUAUUGAGGGAUUAAGACGUUUGUCUGAUUAUCCUGAAUAUAUGUGGUUUCUCCUGUAUUGUGAAGGAACUCGUUUUACAGAAACCAAGCAUCGUAUCAGCAUGGAGGUGGCUAAAUCCAAAGGGUUGCCUACAUUGAAAUAUCAUCUGUUGCCCAGAACCAAAGGUUUCACCACUGCUGUCCAGUGUCUCAGGGGAACAGUUUCAGCAGUGUACGAUGUAACGCUAAACUUUAGAGGAAACAAGAACCCAUCUCUAUUAGGAAUCCUUUAUGGAAAGAAAUACGAAGCAGAUAUGUGUGUAAGGAGAUUUCCUCUUGAAGAUAUCCCUGUAGAUGAAAAGGAAGCUGCAAACUGGCUUCAUAAACUGUACCAGGAGAAGGAUGCUUUACAAGAGAUGUAUAAUCAGGAAGGCAUAUUUCCCGGCCGUCAGUUUAAACCUCCUAGAAGACCAUGGACUCUGCUAAACUUCCUCUUCUGGGCUACUGUCCUGCUCUCUCCUCUCUUCACCUUUGGUUUUGGAAUUUUUGCAAGUGGAUCACCCCUUCUUAUCCUUGCAUUCCUGGGGUUUGUUGGAGCAGCUUCCUUUGGAGUUCGUAGACUGAUAGGAGUAACCGAAAUAGAAAAAGGCUCCAGCUAUGGCAACCAAGAAUUCAAGAAAAAGGAAUAACUCACAGCUGCAGCAGAGCACAUAAAACCAGACUAUGGUAUCAAAUUAACUUAAUUUAAAAACACUUAGAAACUAUCUUUUUCUUAUUAACUGAUGACUAAUAUUAAUGAAUAAUACUUGAGCCAAGAAUAAAGAAAUUGGAAGAAUCAAGAGGAGAGAAAACAUCAACUUUCUGUCUAAGGACCAUUUUAUUCAAACGUAGAGUGAAAAUCUGGGCUAAAAAAUGGUAACUUUUUGCUUUGUUUGCUCAGUGGUUGAGAAAUAUUGGACACAGCUACCUACUUCUUCAGAUGACCAGUCACACUGGUUUAUCCUUCAAGAAUCUGAAAUUCGCUUUGCAAUAGGAGCCAUUGAAUGUUUCCUCUUGCUAAAACCAAUUUAAUAUUUGUUUUUCCCAGCAUCAGUGCUGAGUGUGCUCCAGGAAACAAUACAUUUUAAAUUCACUGACAGCAGUUCCUUAGGUGAAAGCCAUUUGGAAAGGCCAUUUUAUCAUGACUACUGACGAAAUCCCAUUUGUGUACAUUUUAUUGAAGGCACUUUUUAUUUUCAGGCAACAUCCUAUAACUUUUGUACCACAAGAAAAUGGAUAAUGGAAUUUUGAUGGGAGUGGUACCUUAUUGAUAAGCACAUACUGUACAUCAGAUUCACUAGUUUUAAUACAGUUUAAAGGCUUCCCCCCUACCUGUUGGUCAAUGCUCAGUUAAAGCUCAACACACCACUUUGCUGAUUUGAGCACUGCCCUGUUUUAUACUUUACAUGCCUUGGAUCUGUUUUGCUUUGCUUUGCUUUUUUUAAGUGAAUAGUAAGCCCUGAGAUUUGGUCCAGUGUAAAGAAGGCUAUUUACUCAGUUAUACUGACAUUCUUCUUUAUUUCUGUUCCUGUUUCUCAUCACCAAAGUCCCACUCCACUGGUUGUCCCUUGCAGCAGCCUACUGAGAAAAUCAGCAUAAACCAGCACAGCCGUCCUGGAAAGGAUUUUUCUUUACCUGCAGCAACACUAAAAAGAAAGAGUGCAAUUAGUGUCUCUAAUGCUGUGAUACUCAGUGGUUCAGGAGUCAAAUUAGCAAUCAACAUUACCCAAAAGAGCCACAGUAGUGCAAAUUCAUUGCUUCAUUUACUAUAGUACUAUAUAUUCAUAUUGAAACAGUAUGACUGGCGAAAUAUUUUGUGUGUGUGUGUAUAUGUAUUAUUCUCACAGCAAAAUGAUUGACCAAAUAUUAUUUUCUCAGCUACAGUUGGUUAAUAACAUAGUAAAAGCACCCAGAUUGGUUAAUAAUUAAAUCACGCAGUGUUUUAAUAGCAUGUGCUGCAAAGAGCCACAGAAGACAGUCUGAUAUCACUGCUCUAGUGUUUAGGGGUCAAAUCCUGGCCUCACUGAAGUCAAUAGAAGUUUUGCCGUUGACUUCAGUGGGGCCAGGAUUCCACUCUAUGUGUUCUGACUGUACAGUGGUCUGUGCUGCUUUUCUUAGCUGGCUAUGGUAAGACACUGAUAUGAGAUACAUCGCUAGAUGAGACAUGUUGUUAGAAAUGGAAACACUAGAUGGGUGUUGAGGUAUCUUCGGGGUUUUAAUAUCUACCAUUUUGAUCACUUGGCCUUUGGGCUUAUUGUUGAAAACUGGAGACUGGAACUUUUGCUGUGCCAGUCUCUUUCCAAACGCACAUUGUAAGGUUGUGCAGAGUGCUGUUGUAUGUGUGUUUAGAUGGGUAUUCAUAAAUAUGUGGAAACUGCUUAUAUCUUCAAGUUUAAAGGCCAAAUUCUGCACUUGGCUACACUCCAGAGUAGGCAGUGGAAUGUGUUGCUCAAGUAUAACUGAGGGCAGAAUUUGACCCUAACGGUUAAAAUGAUGUUGUUACCUCUCAUCCUUUCAUCUUAACCCAAACUCUGAAUAUUGAUUUCAGUUCUGUGAAGGCUGAGUCUCGUUAAAACACUGAUUUAUUUUUUCGUUGCUGUGGUAGCCAAAGGUAAAAGUGUAAUAUUUUACCUUCUUUUCAUAUUCACUCUAACUUCCUCCCCCACAGAUAUUUGCCCAUAAGGAUUUUCUUUUGAACUUCAAGUUUUAGACUCAUUUAAUAGCUUACUGAAAUGCCGCAUUUGAGGUUGUUCAUCAUUACUUUCUCAUGCACCUGACUGUUAAUUUGGGGUCUUUUUUAAAGAGAGAAUUUUCAAGAUUGUCUCAUGGCAUCCAUGUCUUUUGUUAGAUCCAUCUCCAGCUAAGAAUUGUGCUCUCAGACCCUGUGUUAGUAUGCCA